GCGAUUUUUUUUAUUGUGUGGGGUCACUACCAUAUGACGCACGAAUCGUUAUGUAACACUUCCGAUUCGAUCUAGAGCAAGUUCGGGCAAAUAGGACUGUGCGCAUGCGUACUACUUCCGCCUAUCCCCUCCGCCGUCCAGCAGGAAAUGUUUGGUCGGGAAGUGUCAAAUAUGUCAAAAACAAGUCAGGUGUAAUUUGUGUUUGUUUAGUGUCACAUUCAAAUCCUCGAUAUGUGAACAUUCAUCAAUGAAUUAAAGUCCGAAAAGCGUCUAAAAAUUCGCAGUUCAUUACGAGAAGCAUUCACAUUGAAGACUAUUUUAGCAAGUUUUUUGUGAAAAAGUUCACUUUCCACGAGCAGCGUGACAUUAAAUGGGGGUUAAGGAUCUAUUUACAUGGUACCAGAAGAAAAUUGGCACAUAUGAUAAACAAAAAUGGGAGACUACCAUAGAACAGAAGAUCCUUUAUGGACUGACCCACGUUCAGAUGAAGAGCACCAAGCCAAAUACAGACUUUAUUGACCUUGAUUUGGUUCGAGGGUCCUCUUUUUCAAAAGUCAAACCUAAGCAGGGUUUCAUGACAGUGGCAAAACUAGCGACUUUGCGUUGUUUAUUCCUUCCAAUUUACUCAAAAUGGUGGAUGCAACAAACCUCUGUCUCCAUUUUUACCUUAAUGCUACUACUUUAUGUAUCUCUAUUAACAAAUAUAGCGGUAUAUUACAAAAACUCGUGGAAAAAUCAGAUGGUGGAUAAAUCUCGAGAGAAUGUCAUGUGCAUGGAAUUAAUAGUCCCGUUUUUGAUGACGUGGGUUCUGAGUUUAGUGCAUUCUCAAAUCGCCGCCACUAUGCCAGCACCGGACUCCCAGAAAUCAAAACUAACAAAAUCGAGAAAUUUCCGGCGCAGACUAAGCACCGUGCGAAAAAUCCCAACGGAUGGAUCUUCAGCGGAGUCUCUGUUGAACUUGAGAUUACACAAAAAGACAAAACGAAUACACUUCAAUCUGAAUACGAACAGCGGCUCGGACUUGAGCUCCAAAAAAGUGGAAGAUUUUAAAGUUCUCAGGAAGCGAAGGAGCAGCGACGGAGUGCCGGCGGACGACGAUGGUUUUGAAAGUCUGAACGGUAACGGAUCUAGAACGAGCGAAGAAGAAAUAGUCCCUUCUUCCAAUUGUAAGAAUGCUCUUUUGACUUCGCACAAACGGUGCGACGAUUGGGUGAAAAAGCAGUCAUUAGCUAAUAGGUCGAAUAGUGAGUCCAGACACAGCACUGAGCUUGAAAGCGAUGCCGAAACGGAAUCGGCCGAUACGAACGUGACGAAACGCGCAAAGUACAGAAUUCCUACUAUAAAUAUAACUUCUAUGGAUAGCACGUGCGAUACAGACGACGAGUAUGGGUAUGAAAAAGCGUCAACUAUCAAGUCUACAAGCAAACUCAGUUCGUCGGCGAACGAGUGGAUGAAUGUUACUACCAACAGUGAGGAUUGUAGUUACAGUUCUGAUUUGGAUGAGGUGUCUGAUGGGCACAUUGAAACCAACCACGACGAUUAUGACCAUGAUCUAAACUCAACCACGGUCUUUAAUUCGCCUUCCAUCAAAGUGAGUUGUAUGAUUUGGAAGAGGAAUGAAAUCAAAAAAGCUGAUCUUUCUAUGCUGGACAUUAGCUCUGCUAUAAUAGGGAAAGUGGAGGCUACUUCUCAAAGCAUGGAUUAUUUUUAUGUUGGGAUUAUUAUUUCCACAAUACACGCUCUCAUUCCCGUUUUGUUCAGACUAUGUAACUUUACGCUUGAAUCCAAUUCCUUCGUUGAUGGACAAUAUUCUAUAUUCGAAUUAUGUGAAACCAUAAUUGAAAAACUACCCAGUUCCAUGACUACUUUGAUGGAGGCGGCAUUUGGAGCCACACUAUGGGAGCGCUCCAUCAUAAUAACGGCCUGUCUGCAGCGCUGGUUCUUGGCAAGUUUAUUCUUCUUCCUCCUCGCCGUGGCCGAAAACACCUUCAAACAAAGAUUCCUCUACGCCAAAUUAUUUUCGCAUUUAACUUCGUUCAGACGAGCCCAACAAUCCGAGUUGCCCCAUUUCCGCUUAAACAAAGUCAGAAACAUAAAAACUUGGCUGUCGGUGCGCUCGUAUUUGAAGCAGAGGGGACCUCAGCGGUCCGUCGACGUCAUUGUCUCGACGGCAUUCAUCAUAACUUUGCUUUUGCUUUCGUUCCUGUGCGUGGAGUUGCUGAAGGAAACCGGGGCGCUUAAUUCUCAGUAUCACGUGGAAGCUUUGAUCUGGUGUCUGGGGGUGGGGAUUCUCCUGCUGCGAUUUAUGACGUUGGGGAAUAAGAUCAACAAGAAGUACAGGAACUUGUCGGUGUUGAUUACGGAGCAGAUUAAUUUGCACCUGCAAAUCGAGCAGAAACCCCAGAAGAAAGAGGAGUUAGCGCUGGCUAACAAUGUUCUGAAGUUGGCGAUUGAUCUUAUUAAGGAGCUGCAGAGUCCGUUUAAGAUUUCGGGGUUGUCGGCUAAUUCCAUCUUGUACAACACGACCAAACUGAUAAUACUGUCGGCGCUCUCGGGAAUUCUGUCCGAGCUCCUAGGGUUCAAACUAAAGUUGCAUAAAAUCAAAAUUAAGUAAGAGCUUUAUCUACUCUAGUGAUUGAUUGUUGUGACUUCAAAUGUUUAUCAUUUAUAUUUUAUCCAAUCUCAGUGAAAUCAGAAUACGUAGGUAUUACCCACAAUUACAGAAUAAUACCUGACCAAGUUUUGUUAUGUCUGCGACGGUUUUCGUGUUGUAGACAAUUUAUUUACGUUAUGUUAACGCAAUAUUCGAGUCUACCUGAUAACUCUUCUCUGAAAUUAAAAUAAGUAAUUUUAUUUAUACAAUUUCCUAUUACGUAGAAUCUCGUACCGCUUGUGGUGUUUUUACUUUUUUUUUAGUAUUUUUAUUUUACGGUGUGAAGUAAGCGCUUUUACUUAUUUUUGUGAUUGUUCGCCAGCUAAAAGCAUUUUUUAGUUGUACAUACGAGAGUUAUCUUCUGUGAUAAUCUUACAUUAAGAUUUUUUGUUACUGCGCAGCUAUUUUCGUUUUUACUUCAUGUUUUAGUUCUAAGUGGUGUAAAAAGUGUGUAGAGGUAGACAGGACAACAUCAAAAUAAUAUUUUUGAAAUAGCAUGAUUGUCAUUCUCAUAGAGCUUCAAAUUCUAAAAUGUUUACAAUGUUCUAUAUUUAACGAUGUACGAAAUUGUUUUAAAUUAAAAUUUUAAAGAGCGUCAAACCUUGAUAUAACGGCCAAUGUUUACGUUUUUAUUUUAUACGUUAGAACAGUAUAGACAUGACGCACAGUACUUAUGCCUUAAUAAAAAAACACUUAAAUUAUUUACUACACCUAAAACGAAAAUUAUCACUAGUUUUACCUUAUCUGUAAAUAUUUUUACAUAUUUUAUAUCAAGGUUGUAAAAGGUUUUUACUGGAUGGUAUAAACGAGCUCAACAAACAACAGGGUUUUGUUUUCUCUUACUGUAUACAACCUAGUUGUUGUAAUUAGAAAACCGUUGAUUGUAAAAAACUAUAAACGUUAAUAAAGCUGAAGAUCAAA